AUGAAGAUCACUCAGAAGUUGGAGAACUCCCACCGCGAGCCCGGAGCCCCGGCCACGUUCUCGUUCGAGUUUUUCACUCCAAAGACUUCGCAAGGUGUCCAGAACUUGUACGACCGUAUGGAUCGUAUGUACGGGCUAAGUCCCCAGUUCAUUGACAUCACGUGGAAUGCUGGAGGAAGACUGUCAAGUCUCACGACGGAGAUGAUCCACACCGCCCAAACGGUUUUGGGACUGGAAAGUUGUAUGCACUUGACCUGUACCAACAUGAGUGUUGAGGUCAUCGACAACGCGCUGAAAGAUGCCUACGAUGCAGGUUGUGAGAAUAUUUUGGCACUCAGGGGUGAUCCUCCAAUCGAUGGUACCGAAUCUACUGGCGACUUUGCGUACGCCAAAGAUCUCAUUGCCCAUAUCCGCAAACGGUACGGGGACCACUUUUGCAUUGGAGUAGCUGCUUAUCCCGAGGGCCAUCCCGAGGAACACGAUGUUGUCAAAACGAUCGAGUAUCUCAAAGAGAAACAGGAUGUUGGCGGAGACUUUAUUGUCACCCAGAUGUUCUACGAUGUUGAUCGGUUCAUCGCCUGGUGUGAAAAAUGCAGAGAGGCUGGAAUCACUAUUCCGAUCAUUCCUGGAAUUAUGCCUAUUUCCAGCUAUGCUUCUUUUUUGAGACGUGCCAAAUGGUCCGAGAUAAACAUUCCUGCUGAAUUUUUGGAAAGACUAGAGCCUUUUAAGGACGAUGACGAACUGGUCAGAGACGAGGGAACCAAGCUGGUGGUUGAAAUGUGUUCCAAACUGCUUGCUUCAGGUUAUGUUAAUCACCUUCAUUUCUACACAAUGAACCUAGAGAAGGCCUCAAUGAUGAUCCUGGAACAAUUGAACCUCAUCGAGCUCAAUGUCAGCACCCAAGAUCAACCAUGGAGAAAGAGUCUCAAUCCCAACAGGCUCAACGAGGGCCUUCGUCCUAUCUUCUGGCAGAACCGGAAAUUCACCUACAUUACCAGAACAUCAAACUGGGACGAGUUUCCCAAUGGAAGAUGGGGAGACUCACGUUCUCCCGCUUUUGGUGAGGUUGACAUGUGUGAUGGUGAGCUGAUUCGUCAUUCUCCUAAAAAAGCACUGAGCCUGUGGGGAUCACCUGAAUCGCUAGAGGAAUUGUCGCAUCUUUUCAUUGACUAUCUUCAGGGAAAGAUCAUCUCCUUGCCAUGGUCUGAUGGCUCUAUUAGUGACGAAGUCAACAUGAUCAAAGAUGCUUUGCUGGAUCUCAAUUCUCGUGGUUUCCUCACCAUCAACUCUCAACCUUGUGUCAACGGACUUCCAUCUAAUGACCGUGUCCACGGAUGGGGUCCCAAGAAUGGCUAUGUCUAUAAAAAGCAGUACCUAGAGUUUUUUGUGCCUGCUGAGUUGUUGAGAACUCUGCAGGACCGAAUCGCAGAUGCUAAUUCUGAACGUGGUGGAUUAUACAAUAUUCUGUCUUUCUACGCAGUCAAUUCAAAGGGCGACAUGGUCACCAACACGAAGGACUCAGACAUAAAUGCAGUCACGUGGGGUGUUUUCCCAGGCCGUGAAGUUGUCCAGGCAACUAUUGUUGAGAGAGUGUCGUUUCUCGCAUGGAAAGACGAGGCUUUCCGUAUUUUGAAAGAGUGGUCCACUCUUUUCAAGAGCGAUACGGCAGAUCAGUUUGCCAACACCAAGAAGUUGCUAUCAAGAAUCCACGAAGAUUUCUACCUGGUGAACAUUGUCGACAAUGACUUUGUCACGUUGCAAAACCAGAGAAUCUUCAAACUGUUUGACGGCUUACAAGUCAAUUGA